AUGAAGAGUACAAAGGAAGCGAAUCAAGCAGAGAGCUUCCACAAAUCACCCGGUGUAUCAAGCAAGGAAAAGAACAUUUCUCACCCAAAAGAACCACAGAAGCAAAAGCGUAAGAGGAAUUCGUGUCCUUUGUCCUACGUCGAGGUAAUUACUUAUGCUAUUCUCGACUCGCCACGAGGGCAAAGAACGCUAUCGGAGAUCUACAGCUUCAUCCAAGAACGCUUUCCUGAAUUCACUGAAAACAGAGCGCGAUGGAAGAACACAGUCCGCCAUAAUCUGUCACUGCAUGAAUGUUUUCAGAGAGGUCAAGUUGCCUAUGAGAAAGGUGGAUGCUACUGGCAGAUACAUCCAAGAUUCUUGGCCGACUUCAUUCGAGGAGAUUUUUCUAAACGCAAGAUACCGCAGCCUCCCUAUCUUUUCGUGAAUGGUGAGUAUAGCUAUCGUAGCGUUCCUGAGCUAGUUUUUCCUUUUCGUUUGUCUGGCCAGUCCUCACCGUUUGAACCACAUAUUGGAAUGUUACACAGCCCCAGCUGGAAUAUGCGACCUCCUUAUGGACAGCUUGGACACUUUUUUUGA